AGAUGGCCAAUGAUUGAACACAGAAGCUUCAGAAAGUCAAACGGUAAAAAACAGAACUCAAAGACGCACAAUACGAAGAAAUAUUCCUGAGCGAGUACGGUGCAUCAGAAAACUCAGCAGCCACGCUCAAUGCACGUCAGCAUCGCUAUUAUUCGUCUUCUUUAUUAUUAUUGAUGAUGUGUUUUAAUAUUUUUUAUUUUUUAUUUUAAAUUUUGUCGAAUUUAGAUGAGGAUCACUAAUAAAAAAAUAAAAAAACGUUUAUAUAAUGCUUUGGAAGGCAGAGAUGGGUUAGGUGAGCAGGUGCAGAAUUAAUUCCUGCUCUAAUCCCAGUACAUAAAACUUUCCAUUGCAAAACACCCUCUUCAAAUCAGAGCCUUACCGAAAAUAUGGAUCUCGGAAACCUCGGAAUUCAACCCAACUCUGACCCAAAUGGAUCCAAAGAUCAUGUUUCCCAUAUGGCUCUGGAUAUUGGAGGCACUUUGAUCAAGUUGGUUUAUUUUUCAAGGAACUGUGAAUGUUCCGUGGAAGAUAAGGAGGAUAAACCCUCAAAUGACAGUCUUUUGGUUUCCAACGAUCACAAGAAGUUUCAACUUCUCAAAGGGAGUUUUCAUUUUGCAAAAUUUGAAACCAGCAAGAUAAAUGAUUGCUUAGAGUUUAUUCAAUGCAACCAACUUCACUUUAGUGGCUGCAAGCAUCAUGGGGACCCUACCAAUGACAAAUGCAUUAUUAAGGCCACAGGUGGGGGUGCACAUAAGUAUGGAGAUCUCUUUAAAGAAAAGCUUGGGAUUUGUCUUGACAAGGAAGAUGAAAUGGAUUGUCUUGUAGCUGGAGCGAAUUUUCUACUUAAGGCAGUCCACGAAGAAGCAUUUACUUACAUUAAUGGUCAGAAGGAGUUUCUGCAGAUUGACCAUGAUGAUCUCUACCCUUAUCUUCUCGUUAAUAUUGGUUCUGGUGUUAGUAUGAUUAAGGUAGAUGGAGAUAGCAAGUUUGAGCGAGUUAGUGGAACUAAUGUUGGUGGUGGCACCUUUUGGGGUUUGGGAAGGCUUUUAACAAAGUGCAAGACUUUUGAUGAGUUGCUGGAGUUAAGUCAUCAAGGUAAUAACAGAGUGAUAGAUAUGCUUGUUGGGGACAUCUAUGGUGGAAUGGACUAUGCUAAGAUUGGUCUGUCAUCAAUGACUAUUGCUUCUAGCUUUGGCAAGGCAAUUUCUGAUAAUAAAGAACUUGAAGACUACAAACCUGAGGAUAUUUCUCGGUCCCUCUUAAGAAUGAUUUCUAAUAAUAUUGGACAGAUCUCUUAUUUGAAUGCACUCCGAUUUGGGCUCAAGCGGAUAUUUUUUGGAGGAUUUUUCAUACGGGGUCAUGCUUACACAAUGGACACAAUUUCUGUUGCAGUUAAUUUCUGGUCUAAAGGUGAAGCAAAAGCUUUGUUUUUGAGACAUGAAGGAUUUCUUGGAGCAUUGGGUGCUUUCGUGAGCUAUGAAAAGCAUGGUUUUGAUGACUUGAUGGUUCGCCAGUUGGUGCACCAAUCCCCAGUAAGUGCACAGGAUGGAGGAUAUAAGAUUCAUGGUUCCCAGAAUGGUGAAUUGAAAGACAACGAAAGUAUAGAAUGUAGUGUUUACGUUUCCUAGAAUCUGCGGAAGGUUUCUUCUUGGGUUUUUUGACACGAGGCACUGAGAGGCAAUUCUUGGUUGCCUUUGUGCAUUCUGUUCAAGUCCAAGUUUCAAACCCUGGGUUAGCAUUUGUAAGUUGUAACAUAGUGAAAAACAGUUUAGGACACAGUGAUACUUAAGAGAUCAAGAGGAAAGGAAAGAACUCAUAUAAAGUAGACAAUAACUUUGGCUGAUUGUUUGUAUGACAUGUAUGUCUAGAUUUUGUAACUCUUAUUUUAGUUCCAGAUAUUGUAACCGGUCUACAUUUUACCAAUAAGUACAACCUUUUAGCAUUA